AUAGAAGCUGCUACAGUUUAACAAGUGGCUGGUCUCGAUACAUUCAAAGAGAUUGACAAUUGCUAAAAUUACCACAGGAUACAAGUUAAAACAUCGUCACAACCGGCUGUUUUGUGACAUUGCACAGCUUUACAUCCGCCAAACGCUGUAGUUUGAAUUAAGAAGUUGCAACAAGCGGUUUGUUUCGUGGUGUCCGUGUACUUAGCGCGUGGAAGAAGUGCACAUCCAUACAAGUAGUGGAAAAGAAGGGGCAGCUCGGAGUGUUUGCGGUAAGCAGCCAAAGAGUCGCACGGAGAGGAUCCUGGAUGUGUUUUCUGGUCGUUUAAAGGGAAUGAGAGUGAGAGAGAAGAGCACGCUUUGAGCACGGCAGCGUUUAAGUGGCCAGUGCCAUGAAACUGAAUCCACAGCAAGCUCCGUUGUAUGGCGAGUGUCUUCUGACGGUACAGCUCUGUGAGGAAGAGUGUGUCGAGAACGAAGAGGAUGUAGAGUUUUAUCUUUUGUUUGCUGGCACCACCCAACGGCACGUUUCCAGCACUUUGAAAAUCAGCCAUGUCACGCUACAGGCCGUGUGUCCAGCUCAUGAUUGCAGCGAAACCGUGCGGGUUACGCUGUGCCAGGCGCGACCGGGGGGCUCAGUCGAUCCCGUGGCAGAGGAACGCUUCCAGUUCGUGCAGGACCUCGCCCUGGAUAUGGCCCGGUUUCUGGUAAACACGGCUGGGAAGAGCGAGGGGGCGUUACUUCUGGAUGAGUGUCAGACACCCCUGAAGGAGUGCGAGAGGAUGGAUGAUACUCUAGCCCUUGCUCUUAAGCAUCUUCCCCUACCGCCAGGCUGGAGCGUCCUUGGCACAGACUUUCCCAUGGAAACUAAUUUGGGAAUGGAAUCUGGACCACAAGAAACACUUUUGCACUUUGCUGCGAAACGCGGGCUGCGCAAGGUAGCGAUCUUUCUUCUCCAGCAACCAGGGGGAAGAGAGGCUCUCCGACUCGCCAACAAACAGGGUCGUACGCCGGCCAGGGUCGCCCAGAAGAGAGGCCACAAACAACUCCAAAAACUCCUCACAGAGGUUGAGAACUUGCCAGAGCUGGAGACGAAAGCGUCAAAGUGGCGUUACCCGGGAGGUAGAGUGCUGCUUCACCACCCGAAAGUAAACACCUACACCCUGACACUGGAGGACGUGCCAGGUAGUCCUCCGCCUAACCUUCGGCAUGAUGUGGAGGAGCUCCAACAUCUUAUUCGGUCACAUCGGAAGGAAGAUUCUCCGGUACAACCUAAGCCUGCGCUGCUGAUUCUUGACAGAGAGUCAAGUUGUAGGACAGAGACUGUUGACUGCUUCACUUCGCUAGACUCUGAACAUCGAGAACCUAGUGCAGAACAAGAAACUUACAAAGCGUUUCCGAACAAUCUGGUGGAUGGACUGUGCCCUUUUCAGAAUGGCACCGGAGAUCAUGGCCAAUCACAGGACAAGGCGGUGAAACUUGAUACACCAGCUUUAGGGGAUACCGGGAAGGCGUCAGAUAAGUGUGCAGAGUGGCGGGCAGAAGCUGAUUCUGUGGGUUUCAGUGCCCCUUCCUGUGGAAACCAGGGAGAGGAAGCUGAUACAGAGCUCGGCAUAAUCAGUGCCAAGCAGGGCGUUGAUAAAGGGAACCAAGAGCCCAAAGCUUACCAGAGGAGUUCAGAGACCGAUUCUAGCACACAAUCUGGCAACCUUGAGUCCUUAGAAAUGGGCCACGCACAGUCUCAGGAUCACAGUUCCCUACCAACGGAAACGAGUCAGUCCUUACAAAAAGAGGAGGGGAGUUUAGAUGUUUGUUGGAGAGGGGACUUACCAGAGGAAAAGGAAGGGGAGACAAACAGCAGCAGCCAGGAAACAGUCUCAGACUCUUUUGCACUUUCUUCCCAUGAUCCAGAGGAAAAUUGUCAGCGUAACGACAAGUUCGAGCCUAAACUGGACGCCGAGGGUUUUUCAGAAAACGGUGAACCUACCUUAAUCUCAAUUCAGGUAAAUUCGGACUUUAACUCGUUGGUUCAAAACAAUAAAAGUGAUGUGGCAGAUCCACUGGAUUGCCCUGAGACAGGAAAUUUGAGCGAACACACCAAAGGCAACUCUGACUCAGUUUCUGGUUUGGUCGCGGCUGACGUUAGCAUAAAGCGGAACUCUGGAUUUAGCAUUUCAGAAGUUGAUUCUUCGGAGCCAAUCAGUCUACGGCCAAACAUGGUGCAAGGACCUACUCACAAGGGUGGGCGAGGACUUGCGCCUGUUCCUGAGAAAUUAUCUCUUGAAGGACCAUCUGAGGAGGCUUCGGACCAGUCUCACGCAUCCUCUUCAGAAACCACAUCAGAAUGUCCGGAGACGUUAUUGAACAACUUGGAAUGUGAUAUCAAAUCAAAAGCAGGGGGAUAUGAUGCCAUCGCUAAGGAAGCAUUCCUGUCUGAAGAAAUGAAAGAAGUAACUCCUAAAGAAAGACCGCAAGAUCUUGAAGAGCUCAUUGCAUCCACUUUAAGAUCAGUUAUGGACGAUAUCGCCGUCUCUGAGUUGGAUAAGCAAUCUGAACCCUCUGAUGAAGCUAGCCAUUUACCCGUUGACUCUGAUGCCUUUAUCACAACUAAUAUUCAACAGGGUGUGUCCAUAGUAUUGUCCACAGAACCUUCUGACGUAAUAAUAGGAACGACAUUAAGAGAUAAAGAGGAAUUAAAAACAAAUGUUGAGCUGGACUCUUUGUCAAAAGAGGUUGAACAGAUUCUAGAGGAGGCUUCUGGAGAUGACACAAAUUUAAAUGAGACUCAUGAGCUGUCAGUUACAGGUCCUAAACUUUCUGCGUUGAAUAUUGAACAAGAAGAAAUGAAGAAACAUCAGGAGGAACUUCUGAAGGAAAGGGAAAUGGUCUCUACUUCACGGGAAACAAUCAGCGAUCUUCCUGAUAGCUUGGAAACAGAACACGUCAGUGACACCGAAUGCAAGGCUCACAUUCAGCCUCCAGAUCUUUCCUUGGAGGGUGUGAAUACAAUAUCAGAUCUUACUGUUGGUGUGAAUGACCUAGUUCAAGGUUUAAUGGAAAGCGCACACAACCAACCUUCCCAAACCGACAUGGUAGAAACCUGUGAUGUGACUUCUGAUGGAUGCAUCGACUUGGCCACCAUUUCAAAUGAGACAGCUGUCACUGAAGAUUGUGCGGAUUCUUCUUCGGAUGCUGUAAGGGAUGUAGUUGUGGGGUUGGAGAAUGGCUCCACAUCUGACCUACUGAAUCCUUCUUCCUUAACAGCUGAGCUGACUUCCCCUUUGGAUAUUAUUAGUGAAUUACAUCAGGAUUUAGAACACACUUCCUCAGUGGAUACGGAUAAUAGUUUGUCUACAGAAUCGCGACCUUCAGAUACGACCGAGAGCGUGAGUGGAUUACAUCAAGAUAAUAUUAAGUGUUUGAUGGAGGAGAAUAAAACCGUGGAGCUGCAUGCAGAGGAACCACAUGCAAUUGCAGAUGGCACUUUAGCAAAAGACGCAGUGGACGGACACCAAGGCUCCUCAGCAGAUGUCGAAAAUCCUGAAGUGAUUCACAGAGAGACGGAGACAUUUUUUUCAGUUGAUUCGAGUCGAGUCGCUGGAGUCCAGGAGACCAAAACCAGUUCAGAAUUUCCCCCUUCGACACCCUCACCGGAGAGCGUGCGACACACAGAAUCAGCAAGCACCAUGCGAGGGUCUGCCAGCGAUGGCGACUCUCUCCUCAGCCAAGAUUUGGGCGAGGACAGUGUUUUUAACAACAAGAGCGAGGACAGCAUCACCAUCACAAGUGGCAUAUCCAUGUCCUACUCCUCCUCCACUGACGACACCUCCAGUUUAGGCACCCCCAGCGCGAUCCCUCAAUCCACGGAGACGCCGGGAUCCAACCCCUUUCUGCCCGAAUCCCCCAGAGCUUCACCCAUCUCUGGGGAAACUGAGGAGGAGGAGAGAAAGGACCGCCUGACCGAAGUCCCGGAGCGUUCGGAUAUUUUACGCACCUCCAUGCGCUCCCUCUCUCCCUUCCGCAGGCACAGCUGGGGCCCGGGGAAAAACUCAGCAGGAGAAGUGGAGAUGAGUCAACGCAGUACGGCAAGAAGUGAGGCGGAGCGCAGAUCCGGGGGCCAUAGGAGAAGCAUGAGCUGGUGUCCGUCAGUCGUCCCGCGUUCAGAGGGUGAUGAAAUAAACAGCAGAAGUUACAGCCUGGAAGGUCUCUCAGCUGACAAGGAAGGAGGGAAAAGCACAAUCCAGCCUGUACAGGAACCGAUCUGUCCGUCAAAACUGGACCGAGAGGAGAGAGGCUCACUCGUGUCUCUUACCGAAGAAGAGCAGGAGUCUGACAUGGGCGACAGCAGCCGUUUGGCCAGUCAGAAGUCUAUCCAGUCCGCACGGAGAUUCGUCACACCUCCACAUCCGAUUCUCACCAAAUCCGUCUCCAUGUUGGCCAUCAGUCAAAAAGACCUGGAUGCGAAAGGACGGCCGCGACCUAAGCGACGAAUCUCCUUCUCCUUCAGCAUCUCGCCUUUGCUCCCCAAAUCUAAAUCUGUCUUUUCUAUUGGCUCUUCAUCCAGUGAUGAUGAGGAUGCAGUCAGAUUGAGCUCUUACACAGGCACAUCAGGAUCAUUAGAAUACAGUAUUUCCGAGGAGGAUCCGGGUCCGUUGCGGAGCGACAAUGAAUGCAAAGCUGGAGGAACAAAAGUCAGCAGGACCUUCAGUUACCUUAGGAACAAAAUGAGCAAAAAGAACAAGAAGGAGGAGAAGGAGAAGAGUAAGGAGCGAGAGAGGGAUGCCAAAGACAAAGAGAAGAGAGCCUCAAAUGGACAUCUGUUUACUUUGGUCAUGACAGCACCCACAAUUCCCUGCCACCAGUGCAACAAACCAAUCAACACUAAAGAUGCUUUUCUCUGCACCACUUGCAAUGCACAAGUUCACAAGGGUUGCCGAGAGAGUCUUCCUGUUUGUGCCAAGGUGAAAAUGAAGCAGCAAAAACAUCAAUCCGUUCCAGAUUGUGCCUCAAUGCCCAGCGUCGCCCUAAGAAGUAAAACCAUCCCUGCACGGGAUCGUCCGUGGUCCACCAUAUCAUUUCUUGACGACCAGCCCGCCCCACUCGCACCGCCUCGAAAAGGCCCAGGCGGUAUAAUGUCUUUCAACAACAUCCCGCUUUCAAAGAGCAUGUCCAUAAACAACAUCGCAGGACAAAUGGAAGAUCCUCCUCUAAGGAGUCUGAAGUUUCUGUCACAGUCUACAGACUCUCUCCAUAAGACCAGUAAAGUAACAGAGUCCACAGAAUCUCUUACUGAUGAAGGUACAGAGAUGAUGGAUAAUCAUUUAAUGGGUGAAUUUGAGGCCGAUGUCAAAGAUCUGGAGGCCGAUUCUUGGAGCUUUAUGAUGGACAAGAAGCAUCUGAAACAACUUAAGAAGGAUGUUGUCAAGAGACAAGAUGUCAUCUACGAGCUCAUCCAGACAGAAAUGCACCACGUCAGAACCCUGAAGAUCAUGGCCGAUGUUUACAGUAAAGGCUUACAGAGAGAAGUUCAGCUGGAGGUCCAGACGGUAGAGAAGAUGUUCCCCAUGCUGGAGGAUCUUCUGGACUUGCACACGCAGUUCUUCACGCACUUGAUCGAGAAGAAAAAAGAGGCCUCGUCGGAAAGCAAAGAAGAGGGACGCUUUGUUAUUAGAAAUAUUGGUGACAUAGUGGUUUCUCAGUUCUCGGGUUCCAACGCUGAGAGAAUGAAGAGGGUCUACGGAAAGUUUUGCAGUCGACACAAUGAAGCCGUGAACUUCUACAAAGAGCUACACACCAAAGACAAGCGCUUCCAAGCUUUCAUCAGGAAAAAGAUGAGCAGCCCUGUUGUCCGAAGGCUAAGCAUUCCUGAGUGUAUAUUGUUAGUCACACAACGAAUCACAAAGUACCCGGUGUUACUCCAGAGGAUACUGCAACACACGAAAGAAAAUGAAGAGGACCACGCAGAUAUAACCCAAGGUCUCAAGCUGGUAAAGGAGGUGAUCGCCGCAGUGGACAACAAGGUGAACGACCAUGAGAAGAAAAAGAGGUUAAAGGAAGUGUACAGCCGGACGGACAGUAAAUCCAUCAUGAGGAUGAAGAGCGGACAGAUGUUUGCCAGAGAGGAUCUGUUACGUGGGCAGAGACUGAUUCACGACGGGUCGCUGCAGCUGAAGAACACGGCUGGCAGACUGAAGGAUGUCCAGGCCUUGCUGCUCAGGGACGUGAUCGUGUUCCUGCAGGAGAAAGAUCAGAAAUACAUCUUCGCCUCCCUGGAUCAGCGCUCCACUGUCAUAUCGCUGCAGAAACUCAUAUUGAGGGAAGUUGCCAAUGAGGAGAAGGGACUGUUUCUGAUCACGGCGGGCAUUGAGAAACCUGAGAUGGUAGAGGUGUACGCCAGCUCAAAGGAAGAGAGGAACACAUGGAUGCAGCUCAUACAGGAGGUCAUGCAGUCAAUACUCUCCAUUUCCCCCAGGGAGAGGGACGAUGAUGAAGGUGUGCCCAGCGAGAAUGAAGAAGACCGAAGACUUCAGGAGAUCAGAGUCAAGGAGUUGAAAGAUCAGCUGCAUAAGAGAGAUGAACAGAUCUUGUCUUUACUGGAGGAGAAAGUGAAGUUGUUCAGGGACAUGUGCGAUUGCAGCGUAUCGGAUGAGACUGGCUCCAUCCUCCGCAGCAGAAUGCUCUUCAGGGCCAUGCCCGAUGACAUCACCAAAGGGGAGCCACUCAUGAAGGAUGCUUUAAUGGAAGUGGAGACGUUGCAGGGUCUGGUGAACAGCAGUCUCGGAAGUACCGUGCAGGAGGGCAUGUGCGCGACAGGGCCCGUAUCUCUGCCACGACGGGCGGAAACCUUCGGGGGCUUUGACAGUCACCAGAUCAACAUCUCAAAGAUCAAAGAUGGAGACAAAGAUGAUACUGAAGACUCCACAGAGCUCCGCAGGACUGAGUCAGACAGCGUUCUAAAGAAGGCAAGCAACACCAACCCACUGCUUCUCCUAAAGAGGAAGAACGAGCCGGUUCUUCAGAGCGUUGCUCAUCUUCAUGACCUGCUGAACACAUUGCAGGCUGUUGUCAUCCAACAGGACACUUUCAUCGAGGACCAGCGGCACGCCCUAACCGAGCGCCCUCAGCCUUCCUCUCGCCACCCCUCUAUAUCUUCCUCCUCAUCCUCCUCCUCCUCAUCGCGGCCCAGCUCGCUCAUCGAGCAGGAGAAACAGCGGAGCCUUGAGAAGCAGCGGCAAGAAGUGGCCAGUCUGCAGAAGCAGCAGGCCGCCCAUGCCGAGGAGAGGAAGCGCAGAGAGAAGGAGUGGGAGGCUCGCGAGCGGGAACUGACCCAGAGGGAGAAGCGGCUGCAGAACCACGAGGAGGAGGCGCUGAAGAGACACAAAGAGCUGGAGGAGGAGAAACAGGAGCUGCAGAAUAAAAAGGAGGAGUAUCAGAGAGACCUGGCUCGACUCCGAGACAGCCAGAAGAAACUGGAGAGAGAUCGCGAGCAGAUUCAAAGAGACACAGAGCUGAUGAGACAAACGGAGGAACAGAGAAAGCAACGGACCCCUUCCACCACAUCAGAGGAUUCCUCCAAGUUCCAGAGUUCUGGCUCGUUGGACCGCGACCCCUGCGAGUUUGAGCUUUCCUCCUCCCCGUCCACCAAAGACUUUCUGUCUCGAAUGGACUCCAAACGCAAAGGCAAGAACCUCAACCCCUUCUCCUCCAACUCGAGCCAGAAGGCCCAGAACAGUGAGGCGAUUCCCAGCCGCCUGCUACAGCUGGCCAAACCCAAAGAAAAGAAAGACAAGAAGAAGAAAAAGGGAAAGGGUCAACAGAACCAGACUGCAGAACCCCAGAGCAACGCGGCUCCAGACGCCACUCCCGACGGAGAGAUCUUCUUUUGCUGAUCUAGGUCCCCUUUUGAUCCCCAGCAUCCCACAAUUCCUCCAUGCCACUAGUCUCUGGUUGUGGACCGUGAACUAAAGUUUGCACCCCUCCCUUACACAUACCUGUGGUCUUGAUGGGCGUCGGGCCUGGGCAGGAAGUUUAAACCGAGCAUUUCCUGUGGCCUUAUUUUCGGCGCUUGGCAUACCGCACAGUGCCUACAUCGCUCGCAUGCACGUAUGAAUAAAAUCACUGACCCCUGGAUGCGGCGCAGGACUCUUUUCUGGAGGAACAGAAUGUGUCAGAUUCAUUUUUUUUUAUAUAAAAGAAAGAUUUAUGACAGCGGGCGACUUCACGCUGAGACAGCUGGCUUCACAACGGCUGUAAAGGUCGACUUUGCAUGCUCUUCGUAUCUCUGAAGGACAUUUGACUAAUGAAGACUAAUAAUGCAAGCCGGUGAACUUGGAUGGCAGUUUGCAAUGAAGGGACGAUGUAUCUAGACCUUUUGACAACAUGUCCUUCGUAACUAAUUGUAAUACUACACUUUCAGCAGACAAACAGAUACGGUUUUGUUUAUCAGUUUUUUAGACAAAACCUCUGAUUCUUGCAAGCAUACAGCACCAGGUUUUAUUCCCUGUUGAAAUUAGUCAAAUAAAAGCGUUUGAGAAUUUUAAAGAGCAUGACGAAAGUGUAGUGCAGUAAAAUAAUGUUUUGUUUUAAUUUAUUAGUUCUGUAAAUCACAUUUAUAUCCCCAAUUGACUGAACGAGAUUAUAACGUUUUUGUUUCACUGACACAGAAUGAUUUUGAUGUGACUCGUAGAGCUUAGCACAGAGACCCCACAAGUUGUUUAUGUUUUUUUUUUCUUGUAAGCCUCAAUGCAAUUUUAAUCCUUAGCACUUUAUAAGCACAUUGUCAAGUGGAAAAAAAUGGCUGACUUUAAAAUGAGACAAUUGAUCAGCUCCACUUAACUGAUAAACAACCUCCGUUGUAUGAGAAGGAGAACCGGAGGAUUUAUUGAUAAUCUUUUACUGUACCAUAUGAAUGUUAUUGUAAAUUUGUUCAACCAAACGCAAUCGAGCUUUCAAGCAAGCUACCAAAAGAGCGGGUGUUUCGAUAGCAGUAUUUUCUUUUUUAGUUAAACGUAUGGAAUGUUGAAUUGAGGAGACGAGGGAGUUAGGCAUUUGUUUGUAGCCAUGAGGAUGAAGUUUCUGAUUUGCAUGCUCGAGAUCCACGGCGGACAUUGGGGCUGUUGAACUAAUAUUGAAUAUACAUUGUGUUUGUGUAUUAAAAGCCUGGACUGUACUCUCGAACUAGGCCUUAGCCAGUCAUAAAAGCCCUCGCCUGCUGGCCAGGCUAACAGUUCUGUUGAACUUAAGGAAAUAUUUUAAGAAUGAGGGAAAUCCUGCAGAUGAAAGUGUUAAUAUAAGCUGUCUGCUUUUUUAUUUUCUUCAAAUUAAACUUCUACCCAACGUGCCUCUCUAAUGCAUUAGAGUGAUAAAUGUCUCGAUUCAUUUAUCAAACCCCACAGCAUCUCUCGUAGAAGUUUUAUUAUCCGUCAGCACUUUCCACAAAGCGCUGUUGCCAAACUUCUCCAUUCUGUAAUGAAUUACACUUGGUGCUAAACUGAAGAAAAUGCCUUGGCCGUUAGAGGGCGCUGUUACGUAAUCAUUUCUUCAGUCCCACCUGAACAGCAUCUCAUUCACACUUGACUUAAAAACGCAGUCUGAUAUAGUUGUCAGUCACGAUUUCGCUCUUUUUUGACAUGGUUUAAUAUUCCCCAGAUCUGCAAUGUUUGUGGGUUUCUAUAAAUCAACAUAUCCAAAAUUUCAAGAUGAAUGAAUACCAUCUCACGUGAUGAAAUUUGUAAAGGUCCUCGUUGAUAAAAAACAUGACCGCAUAACCUUAAAAAUGCACUAGAGAAGAAUUCCAGUUACCGACACGUUAAAUCAAACUUCUGGAAAUGAAAUGCUUACAUUAUAGAAGGUGCCGUAAUUUUGUGUAAAAAAGCGGGGAUUGCAACACAUGUAAAUAUCUGUUAUGUAAAAAAGUGUAAAAGUAUUAAUUAUGGACUUUCUUUUGUGGUUUGAUUAAAGCUUUUUAUAACUAUUUAUCAGCGUUUUGUUUUGAAGACAUGUAAAUUGACACAAAUUCUCUAAAUAAAUAACAGUUAUAUGUCACCGUG